UCACAACGCGGUGUGAAAAUCAACAUCCAAUCAUUGUAGCCAGGGAGUAUUUUUGUGGGCGGGAUUAAUCCGCUCUAGCCCUGUGAGUGGAUGAGGAGAACGUGCAAAGAAUUUGUGCUACCAAAGCCGGUGUUGCCAGAUUGGACGUCUAAUCUCGGAAGUGAUUUGUUUGUAUUUGUAUUAGACUGUAAACAUGGCGUUUGGUUGGUAGAGUCAAAACUACAACACGUAUCGGUUCUGAAGGUUUCCAUUCGGCCGGGAUUAUAGUCAAAUACUAUAACACAACAUAAACUGGCAACCUCAGUACACGGAGGAUAAAGUAAAUAAAGCGGUGCUCUGAUCCAUACGGCUUCAUCUCUCUCUCACACACACUCACACUGUAACCGGAGACGCAUUGGGCAAUGAGAGUGAAGCAGGGGGCCGAGGGAGGACUGCCGUGUACCACAGAGGAGGAGCUGCUAAAAAAGCCCGUGAUAACGCCGGAGGAUGUGCUCGGCCUUCAGAGGAUCACCGACAAUUACCUGUGUAGUCCAGAGGAUAAUGUCCACAAGAUAGAGUUCACCAGGUUCAAGAUUCGCGACAUGGAGACGGGGACUGUUCUUUUUGAGAUCACUAAGCCUCCUGCUCUGGAGAGCGCAGAGGACGGAAGAAAGGACCUUGACCCCAACGCCGGGCGCUUUGUGCGCUACCAGUUCACUCCAGCUUUUCUGCGGCUACGACAAGUCGGCGCUACGGUGGAGUUCACAGUAGGAGACAUUCCCAUUAACAACUUCCGCAUGAUCGAGAGACAUUACUUCCGAGGACGGCUACUGAAGAGCUUCGACUUUGAGUUUGGUUUCUGUAUCCCCAGCAGCAAGAACACCUGCGAGCACAUCUAUGAAUUCCCUCCCCUCUCUGAGGAGCUCAUGAACGAGAUGAUCCAAUACCCAUACGAGACCCAGUCGGACAGCUUCUAUUUUGUCGACAACAAGCUGGUGAUGCACAAUAAAGCAGAUUACUCCUACAGCGGCGGCCCAUAGGAGCUUUAUCAGAAACAUGGACUGAAGCAUUAAGUCUCCCAAUCGAGUCUUGGAACGUUUGUUUGGCAAAAAAAAUCACCCCAACCUCAGGGUUUGUGUGUGUGUGUAUGUGUGUGUAUGUGUGUGUAUGUGUGUGUAUGUGUGUGUAUGUGUGUGUAUGUGUGUGUGUGUGUGUGUAUGUGUGUGUGUGUGUGUGUGUAUGUGUGUAUGUGUGUGUGUGUGUGUGUGUGUGUGUGAGUGAAGAAAAUUCUACACUGAAAAGUGGAUUCUACUGAGCCCUCCUUUUAUGUAUGUUAAUUCUAGAAUAGUUUGGUUAUGAUUAUUGCCUAUAACAGAGUGUGUCUGCAUGUAUGUGAGUGUAUAGUUGUGCAUACAUUCAUGUGCAUUAACAGAUUGCAUGACGUGUGUUUUUGUUUGUGUUCUUGUGUGUUUUGUGUAAUUUUCAUGUAGAGUUCAUUCUCUCAAUAUCCACUCUUUACUUCAGGAUGUACAACCCCCAAUUCCAAAUAAGUUAGGACACUGUGUAAAAUAGAAACAGAAUGCAGUGAUUUGCAAAUCUCAUAAACCCAUAUGUUAUUCACAAUAGAACAUAGAAAACAUAUCAGAUGUUUAAACUGAGGAAACAAUAAGGUGAUUUUUUUUUAAUUUGACACGUCUCAAAAAAGUUGGGACGGGGCAACAAAAGGCUGGAGAAGUAAAUGUUAAAAAGAAACAGCUGGAGGAACAUUUUGCAACUAAUGAAGUUAAUUAGUUGUAGAAAUUGCAGUUUUUCGCAGAUUGGUGAACUUCUGCCCAUCUUUACUUCUGAAAGACACUGCCUCUCUAAGAUACUCUUUUUAUACCCAAUCAUGUUACUGACCUGUUUCCAAUUAACCUCCAGCUGUUUGUUUUUAGUAACACUUACUUUUCCAGCCUUUUGUUGCCCCGUCCCAAUUUUAUCGAGACGUGUUGCGGCCAUCAGGCUCAAAAUGACCUUAUUUUUUUUCUUAAAAUAGUACAUUUACUCAGUUUAAACAUUGGAUAUGUUUUCAGUGUUCUAUUGUGAAUAACAUAUGGGUUUAUGAGAUUUGCAAAUCAUUGCAUUCUGCUUUUAUUUACAUUUUACACAGCCUCCCAACUUUUAUGGAAUUGGGGUUGUAGUAGGGGUGCACUGAUACAAUUCUUUUUUUUCCAGAGUUUGAGUAUAUGCUUUUUUUUAUAUUCAUCAUAAUGAUACCGAGAAAAGAGUAACCUACCUGGUAUUAAGCAAACAGAGAUGCCACAGAAUGUGCCGUAUAGCUCUGAAUGUUGCCCCCGUUUAAAAAGAGCAGGGUUUGUUUCACUUUAAAAGAAAAAGCGAUUCUGUAGACUACAGCUGUAAAUAAAGUAUGUUUCCUUGUCUUCGUUGCAUCUGAAUCCCUCGUUGAAACUGAUAGUUGCUGAUCUUCAAGAACAAUAUACUGGAUAGGACCUGUUGUUUUCACUCAGCUAGUGUUAGCUGUAGACAUUUGUUUUCUCACCUAGCUAGCAAAUGCACAAGUCACAAAGUCUCACUUGGUAUUAGAUGUUGAUAUUGGAGCAUUUUUACAAAUAUGAACACGAGUAAAUGAGGUCGCUAUAGGAACAAUAAUUGGUAUCGAUACAUCCCUAGUAUAUCGUUUUGAGAUGACACACAUAACAUUCCAAAUAAUAUUUAAUGUUCAGACUUUUCCUACUGUGUAGUUUUGAACAUUAUGUGGUCAUUACCUUUAACCAAAAGAGAGAAAGUGUGUGUGUGUGCGCGCGCGCCUGAGAGUUAUGUGAGCAUGAGCUCUAUGUGCAAUUACUGAUGGAGGUGAAGGGGUUUAGCCCACUGCCCUUAGACAUGUUUUUUUUAUUAUUAUUAUUAAAUUUGGUUGAUUGUUGAUUGCAAAUGUGAUUAUUUAUGCUCUUUUGAAGUAUAUUUUAAUAGCCAUGUAAAAAAAAAAAAAAAAAUCAGAGAGAGAUCUAUAUUCUGUGUUAGAUAGUUUAUACAUGAUAGUGAUUGUGUUUAUUAAUGUUAUCAUUGUUGACUCUAUAUUCUUGAAAUAAAUAUGGUUUCUUUAUUAAAUGCUC